CGUCACGUUCGCGCCUCUCACAUGCCGCAUGCCGCCAAAACAAGACUGUGACUGUUCAAUUUGCCGGCACUCAUCGAUAUGGCCAACACGACUUUCCUCGUCAUUUUGGCCGAUGUCGUUGGCUGGGGAUAUUUCCUUUCCUGGACAGUAUCUUUUUUGCCGCAGAUCUAUGAAAACUGGAGACGGAAAAGCGUGGUGGGCUUUUCGUUCGACAUGUUGGCCUAUUUCCUCCUCAGUUACGUUACCUACAUGAUUUACAAUGUCACCGUCUACUUUAAACCAAACGUUUUGGGCGAUCUGACCGAGGACAACCCUGUCAAACUGACCGAUGUCGUGUUCGCCCUCGUAGCAUUUAUUUGCACAAGUUUUCAAGGAAUACAGUGCUUGAUGUACGAUCGAGGAUCGCAGGAAAUUCAUCGUAGCACCGUGGUUCUUUGCAUUUGUUGUCUGCUCGCUCUAGCCAUCCUAACUGUUCUUAGUUGUUUUGGGCUCAGCUCUUGGUUCUUGGUCCUCCAGUACUGUGGAUACGUGAAGUUGGUUGUUUCAUUCGGCACGGUAUGUUAA